UUGUUGUGGAUAAGCAGACGAUUAUGACAGUGGGCAUUGCUCAGUGGUGACUGUGAAGCCCUGUGCAAAUCACAACACGUGUGAAGCCACGCAGGGGAGAAAUUACGCGCCGGUGCGCACUGCGCGUCAGCCAGCCCCAAGCAGAACAACUUCAAACUUUUAACAGCUAAAUAAAUACAGUUUUAGAAAUUAUAAGCCGAGUAGUAGUUCUGAUCAUUUAUCACAUGCACCGUCCAAGUUCGCGAAUAUAAGAUAUUUUGUAGGAUAUAGUCUGGACAUUAGGACGGAUCGUUUUUUGAAUAUUUCCGAUUAAGCAAAAACGAAAUGGACCCAAAGCUAAAUUGGUAGGAAAAAACCUUAGUGAGCUCCCGUUCAGAUCGAUAAAUAUAUAGCGUGUCAUGUCGGGUGAAAAUAAUCCAGCGGGGUCAGACUUUUGCCCUGAAAGUGAAGAAUGUCCUGCGGAGGAUUAUUUUGGUUUCGGAGAUGAUCUGGAGUUAAAUCAGUUCGAUGGAUUGCCCUUUUCCUCGCGUUACUACAAAUUACUAAAAGAGAGGAAGACUCUGCCAGUGUGGAAGGUCAGGCGCGAGUUUGAAGAUGCUCUGGUAAACAACCAACUGGUUAUUGUGUCCGGGACAGCGAAGACUGGGAGGGGUACACAGAUCCCUCAGUGGUGUGCAGAGUUUUGUCUGUCUGCCCAGUACCAGCACGGCAUGGUUGUGUGCACGCAGACCAACAGGCAGCAGGCUGUAGAUCUGGCCUUACGCGUGGCCGAUGAAAUGGACGUCAACAUAGGCCACGAGGUGGGCUACACCAUCCCUCUGGAGACCUGCUGCUCCCCCGACACCGUUCUGAGGUACUGCACCGACGACAUGCUGCUGAGAGAGAUGAUGUCGGACCCUUUUCUGGAGCACUACGGGGUCAUUAUCAUCGACCAGGCCCACGAGAGGACAGUUAGCACAGACAUACUGCUGGGUCUUCUCAAGGACAUCCUGCUGCAGAGGCCUGAGCUCAGAGUGGUGGUGCUCGCCAUCCCACCCGUGACCGAGAAGCUGCUGAGCCACUACGACAGCGUCCCGCUCAUCAGCUUGGAGGCCGCGUCGCCUGCCGAGGUAGUCCACAGCCACAGCGGCAACAAAGACUAUUUCUUCCCAGCACUGAGACUGGUGCUGGAGAUCCAUCGGACCAAAGAGGAUGGAGAUGUUGUUGUGUUUUUCGCCUCAGCUGAGGAGGUUAAUUGUGCCCACAGCAUCCUGCAGAGAGAAGGCACCAGGCUGGGAGCGGAGCUGGGACAGAUGGGGCCCGUGGUUCUGUGCCCGGGCCGGGGAGGUCUGCAGCCCGCCAUCACUGGGCAACCAGACUCCAAGAGGUCCAGGAGGGUUUUCCUCUCUACCACACAGGGGGAGGAUAUGUGGUGGGCCACGGAGUCCGUCCACUUUGUCAUUGACACAGGAGUCCAGAAAAAGAUGGUGUACAAUCCAAGAAUAAGAGCUAACUCGGAGGUACUUCAACCCAUCAGUCAAUAUCAGGCACACAUACGCAAGCAGCUGUCUGGACCUACAGGUAAAUGUUUCUGCCUAUAUCAAGAAGACAGCCAGCUUCCCGCAGAGAACUCCCCGCACAUCUUAGAGUCCAACAUUACACCGACAGUCCUGUUCCUAAAAAGGAUGGAGAUAGCCGGCCUUGGACAGUGUGAUUUCAUCGACAGACCAGAUCCGGAGGGUCUCAUGCAGGCGUUGGAGGAGCUGGAUUACCUCGCAGCUUUAGAUGACGAUGGCAACUUGUCUGAGAUCGGCAUCAUAAUGUCUGAAAUCCCUCUGGACCCUCAGAUGGCCAAAGCGCUGCUGGCAUCCUGCGAAUUCGACUGUGUGAGCGAGAUGUUAACGAUCGUAGCGAUGCUGUCAGCGUCAAGCUGCUUCCUGGAGCCACCUGCUGGCAUGAACCACGAGGCAGUCCAGUGUCACAGAAAGUUCCAGCACCCUGAAGGCGAUCACUUCACCCUCAUAAACAUUUACAAUGCCUUCAAACAAAGCCAGAGAGAACAAUACUUCACCGCUGAAAAGUGGUGCCAGGACUAUUUCCUGGAUCAUUCCUCCCUGAAGACAGCUGAGGCCAUUCGAUCAGAGUUGACUGACACUCUGAACAGGAUCGAGCUUCCCAUCUCUGAGCCCUGCUUUGGAACCAAAACCAACACCCACAACAUAAAACGAGCUCUGCUGGCCGGGUUCUUCAUGCAGAUCGCUCGAGACGUGGACGGAUCAGGGAACUACUUCAUUCUGACGCACAAGCACAUGGCCCAGGUGCACCCGCUCUCCGGCUACGGGGCUCAGUCACACAAGCUGGGGCUGCCGGAGUGGGUCGUUUUCCACGAGUACACCCUGUCAGAGAACAACUGCAUGAGAACUGUCUGUGAAAUUUCCCCUCAAGUGUACAUUCAAAUGGCACCCCUGUACUUCUUCUACAAUCUGCCCCCUAGUGAAAGCAAAGACAUACUGCAAGACAUGUUGGAACCAGACCGGUCCAGAAAACGUGAGGAACAAAAAGCCAUCACAGUCAGCGGCGAUGCCGGCAGUGGCUGCGCAGUGGUGCCCCAGACGUAUGACAGAUGUGUGAUUCAAUGAUCUGGGCUUCAAUGAUCUGGGCUGUAAUCUUGUCAAAUGUUUAUAGUGAAUGCAAACCACA